AUGGGGAAAGUGUUUCAUCCAGGACCAUCCUCCGGAAAUGACGAUCCUGUUUCAUGGACAGAUCCGUACACUCAAGCUAUCGAUGAUUACAAACCUAACGAUCUUCUUAUUGAAGCAGUCUCAGAGGAAAGAGCUAAAGCGCGACCACUCCAGGAUCAGCUUCUUGCUGAGUAUGCCAUUCAGGCACUAAAGGAGGUGGCCCCCAAAGCUAAGUCAGGUGAGAAAAAUUUCUUUCUGGCUGUGGGGUUCCGUAAACCCCAUGUUCCCUGGAACUUCCCUGCACGCUUUUUGGAUUACUAUCCUCUGGAAAGUCUGAGGCUACCACCAAAUUAUUAUGCUCCAGUAGGAAUGCCUGCUAUUGCUUGGCAUGAUUUCAUUAAUCUGACUAGUUAUAAAGAUAUGGAACCCUACCACUUGAUGCCACAUGUUGGUAGCAUCAACUUUACCUUUCCGAAAACAAUUACUCUUGAGAUGCGACAAGCUUAUUACAGCUGUAUAAGCUAUAUGGAUCACGAACUUGGUAGGGUCAUUGACGAACUGGAUAACUUGGGCCUGACUAAUAAUACAAUAAUAUCGUUCUGGGGUGACCAUGGGUGGCAGUUAGGGGAACAUGCUGAAUGGCAGAAGGAGACGAAUUUUGAAGAUGCUGUCCAUGCUCCUAUGAUGAUUCAUGUCCCAGGUGUUACUGAUCAAGGUGUUGUCACUGAGAAACUGACAGAAUUUGUUGAUCUAUACCCUACCCUCGUUGAGGCUGCAGGACUUCCAAAAAUUCAGCAGUGUCCACCAGACUCCCAGAAUGUCAGUCUCUGCACAGAGGGUACAAGCAUGAUGCCACUUAUGACAAACCCGACACUGGGUGCUUGGAAAACUGCCGCAUUCUCUCAGUACCCCAGAAAAGGUGACCCACUUGAUAAUGACGUAGUUAUGGGUUACAGCAUGAGGACAGACAUGUAUCGAUACACAGAGUGGAUCAAUUUCACGGGCACGCCCAUCUUUAAACCGAUGUGGGACCAGCUAGAGGGAGUUGAACUCUAUGAUCAUACAAAAGACCCAGAAGAGAACUGGAAUCGAGCAGAUGAUCCCGCUUACAAAGACGUCAGGGUCGAGUUGUCCAGGAACCUGCAGUUGGGCUGGAGAGGAGCUCUACCCAACAGACGUGUCUGA